AUGAGUCAGUCCGAUGUGUUCCGCCCAGAUAAUGGGGACCUGUAUGUCCGAGAUCCGGUAGCUAACGGAGUUCCGGUGUCCGCCAAUGCAUACCGGAAGACGUCGCUCCCGCGACCAGCGACCCACAGUGGAUACCGGUUCGGCCAGAUGAGUCACAAUUCGUUCUUCACCCGACACAAUCCUCAUCCCAACCGAGUCAGACACCUCAAAGGUCUCCUUGACAUCCCAAUCUGCUCCGUCAACGACGAUGGCUACUUCGCUUCACCCCGCUACAGCCUCCAGUUUCCUCCGAAUAGCUACAACAUAAAUAAGCUAUCAAACAGCGUUCGUGGCCGGAUUCCCGUCAACGCUAUCAACGUCAAUUCGCAGCUGUACCCGAUCAAUACAAUUACCGGGCUGCAGUACUUCACCGGACUAAACAGCUUCCCUUCAGGGAGAAGGCCAUUCCCAAGGUUGGAAUGGGAGGGGCAGGCCGCAGUUUUUUCCCCACCAUGCAGCAAUAUAGCUGCUGAACCUGACAUGGAGAAUGUGGUGUUGACGAUGUUGUGCCAGAUCCUACAGACAGAGGAUGUCAAUGCCGUGCAGUCGUGGCUGGUGUCGGCGGGAGACAGAGAGAAGACGAUGGUGAUGGACAUGAUCAGGACCGUCAUGGCGGGCAGGGAGGAGUAUAGUCACCAGCCUCCCGCCCAAGCUGUCACCGACAGGCCGGUGCUGCCACCUAUCAACGACAAGCAGAUCAUC